AUUCAUUGAGGAUCGGUAUGUGCAAUUUUACUUGCUCACAGCGCUUUACUGCUAGUGGUAAAAAGAGGAAACUUUUUAACUGCAAAGUGCAAUAAAAGAAUUCCUCCCACCUUUAAUGAAAUAAAUGACCGUGAUAUCUUAUCAUCAGAACACGACUUAUAAAUUACGAUAUAUAACAUAUGUCAUUUUUCUAUUGGUGGCUUCGAAUGUAUAUGUUGACGAAAGACACGUGGGCAAGCGUAUGAAUAGAAUGAAACUAUUAAUACCUUUUGUAUUUUUGAUUUUAUCUACAACUACUGCACAUCUCAAUUUAAAACAUGUCAAAUGUUUAGUUUGUAGAAUAAUUGUUGAUGAAUUUGAAAAAGAAGUAGGUCAAAUUGACCCUAAAAAAAAAAUUGAAAUCGGACAAUAUCGAUUAGAUCCUGCAGGAAAUACACUUCACAAACAUGUACCAAUGACCAGAUCUGAAGUUCAUCUUUCUGAAAUGCUUGAUAAUAUUUGUAAAAAAAUGGAAGAUUAUGUUAGGGCAAGAUAUAAAUCUAAUGGUAGAUUAACAAUUUUAAAAUUGAUGACUGAGUCUGGUUUAAAUCCUUUACUCAGAGAUGUAGAUAUAAUACAAGAUGGUGAUUUAAAUAAAAGUUUGGAAUACUUUUGCGAAGAUGUUGUGAAUGACAAUGAAGAAACAUUUAUAAAAGUUAUGGGUAGUAAGGAAGAAGAUGCUAAAACUAAAAUUUGUACAGAGAUGGCCGAUUAUUGUACAGAAUUCAUAGAUGAACUGGAUGAUAGUGAUGCAACAACCGAAGCUGAUGGUGUAGAUGAAAGUGAGCAAGACAAUAAACCUGAACAAGUUGAGACAUCUGAACAAGACAAUAAAUCUGAAAAAGAUGAGCAACAUGAUGAACUUAAUCAAAGCGAUAAAACUGAACUCUGAUUAAUAAUAAAGUAUCUAGAUAUUUUAUUUGAACUGAAAAAUAAUUUAUGCAUAAA